AUGAAGGUGGCGGUGGCCGGGUGCUGCCAUGGCGGCCUGGACAAGCUGUACGAGACGCUGGAGCCGCUGGCGCGCUACGCGGGCGUGGUGCGGUUCCGCGGCGUCCGGAUCGGCGGCAUCUCGGGCAUCUUCAAGUCUCACGACUACCGGAAAGGCCACUUUGAGAGCCCACCAUACAACCAGCAAACAAUUAGAAGUGCUUACCAUGUGAGGAACAUUGAGGUCUUCAAGCUCAAGCAGCUAAAGUGUCCAAUUGAUAUAUUCAUGUCCCAUGACUGGCCAAGGAGCAUCUAUCACUAUGGAAACAAGAAUCAGCUUCUAAAAAUGAAAUCUUUCUUCCGUCAAGAGGUGGAGAGCAACACACUAGGAAGCCCGGCUGCUUCAGAGCUUCUGCAGCAUCUGAAACCCACCUACUGGUUCUCAGCACAUCUGCAUGUUAAAUUUGCAGCUUUCAUGCAACACCAGACAAACUCCAAAGAGGAGCUACCAAAAGCAACCAAGUUUUUGGCUCUGGAUAAAUGCCUGCCACACAGAGACUUUCUGCAGAUAAUAGAUGUAGAACAUGAUCCUAGUGCAGGUGAUUCCCUGGAGUAUGAUGCUGAGUGGAUUGCAGUCCUCAAGGCCACCAACAGUCUUGUUAAUGUGACUCAGAGCUCCUGGAAUAUGCCUGAAAAUAAUGGUCUCCAUGCAAAGUGGGAUUACAGUGUGACAGAAGAAGCCAUCAAAGAGGUGUUAGAAGAGCUGAAUCAUGACCUCAAAAUUCCAUGUAACUUCACAUUGACAGCUGCUUGUUAUGAUCCCAGCAAGCCCCAAAAACAGGUGAAACCAGUUCAUACCAUCAACCCUCAGACCACUGAGUUUUGUGCCCAGUUUGGUCUGACUGACAUCAAUGCCAGGAUCCAGCAAGCUAAAGAAGAGGGCUCAGCACGGGGUGAGGAUGAAGAUGAGGAGGAGGAAGAGGAGAUGGACAGUACUGGGUCAGCAGAGGAACCCAGUGAAUAUAAUACAGAUAAUUCUGGACUUUCAUCCUUUAAUCCAGAUGAAAUAAUGCUGGAUGAAGAAGGUGGUGAUGAAGACUUGAGUACAUGCUCUGUAGAUCCUUCCCCUGAUCAUCCUCCUGACUUUUCUGCAAGCUUUUCUGACAUCCGGAUCAUGCCGGAUUCCAUGGCAGUGUCAUCUGAUGAUGCUAUGGACUCCACUAAUGAGGAGCUGGAGAAAUCUGGUGCCAGCAAGCAGGGGGAAGAGAAGAGCUUAACUGAGAGACCAUUAAAGCGUGUUGGUGGCAGUGAGAAUGGGAACAGUGGCAUUAAAAAAAUUAAGAGAAGGAAUCAAGCCAUCUAUGCUGCAGAGGAUGAAGAUAAAACAGAAUAAUAUUUCACGUGGUGUAUCAAUAAGUUCUCUCCACACCUUUUCAUGGGAACGUGGUGAGAACUGGGGUGAACUGCUUGUGCUUUUAAUCUUACUUGAU